AGAUUUUUCAUCUACAUUAAUUUGAGCUAUCCUUCAUUUGAUGCAAGAAUGUGCCUGCUCUGUAAAAUAUUCAGACAAAGCUCCCUCACAGAUCUACUUUCAUGCCAGAACAAUUCCUCCUCCCCAUUUUAUGAUUAAAACUUGUGCAUCAAAUGUGGUUCUUAAUGACUUAGGUGUUCCAGUGAAUAUGAGGCUGAAAGAGGCCAAAUAUUUGUGAUAUGAAAGUGCAUAAAAGACUUUAAACAUAAAAUUGUACAGAUAGUGCUUUAGUACAAAUUUUUUGUAAGAACAAGACAAAGCCAUACACUAUAAAAUUUUCUGACAUGCAUUCUUACUGUUGUGUUGGAGAACAUUUAUUUAUAAAUGUGUUGCUUUUGUUAUAAACUUCAUUGUUUAUACAAUAAUUUUUAAAGAGUUAUUGAAGUUUUAUGUGUGCUUCUAGUCAAUCUCUCAACAUGGAGUCUCAGAAGACACAAGCUUCCUCAUUUAAGAAUUCAGGUUUCCAAGAUACUACAAGAUUAUUAAGCAGCAACUCGUCCAGUAAGGAAGCUCCUGCAAUCCCUGCACUUUCUGAUAUGCAAUCAAUUAUAGGAACAUCUUGCUCCUCAACCCCAGAUGAUGAGAGUCAAAAAGGAUUUGAGACAUUAAAAAAUGUCCCUGAACAUGAAACCACCUUGCAAAGAAGAGAAAUGUUGACUCCUUCUCCUGGAUUGGCAAUUUUUUCUGCACGUAUUGUCACAUUAGACUUCUACAGUGCCUUCCCCAUUGAGGGGUUUGACCCUCUGAUCUCAUCUUUCCGAGGCUCUACCAUCACAAAAGUUCCUGUCCUUCGACUCUUUGGUCCAACUCCUGUUGGUCAGAACUGUUGUGUACACAUUCAUGGUGUGUUCCCAUACAUUCUUCUGCCGUUCAAAGAGUUGCUGCCUCUUCACCGUCUUGCUCUUGCCUUGGACCGAGCAAUAAACGUUUCUUUGGGCCGCACGGCUUCUACAACUCAACAUGUGUAUUCAAUUGAGCAUGUUUCUGGCAGGCCCCUGUAUGGUUAUCACAGCAAGGAGCAGCAAUUCAUGAAAGUCUACUUCUACAACCCGCUUAUUGUUAGAAAAGCUGUUGAAUUACUUCAGUCGGGGUGCGUUUUGAGUGAGAUAUUCCAGCCCCAUGAAAGCCACGUGCCUUACCAGUUGCAGUUCUUGAUGGACUAUAACUUGCAUGGCAUGAAUAUCAUGCACUGCACUGCACCGCGCUUCAGCCCUGCAGUUGGUGUUGUUGCCGGUGAUCAAUGUCAGUCUUCCAUGCAGAAAGUAUACAAGGUACAGCCUCCUUCUGCUACCCCUCCUGUCAUCCUCACUGCAUCCCAACAGGUUUCGAAAGUGUUCUGGGACUCUGAAAGUAUAGAGCAACUGGCAAGUUAUAUGCCUGAGACCGCUGCCCGCAUCUCCACCUGUGAGCUGGAGCUCGAUAUCUGCGCUGAAGACAUACUCAACACGCUGCACCUUGCUGGAGGUGUGUCGAGCAACCCCGGUCUUGCCUAUAUUUGGGAGGACGAGCUAGAGCGCCGUCAGCAGCAACAUCGUCUCAAGCGGCAAAGACCUCCCGACAAAGAGGACUUAUCUUCUGCUACUGAAGAGGAUUCAUCUCCACCUCCACGUUCUGUGGCUGACCUGCUCCCUCCUGACUCCCCUCCUCGUCUUGGAGUUUUGUCAACGUCUUCUGAAUUGCACUUCAGGAAUCUCCUUAAAGUUCGCCUCCAGCAGAACCAGACGAGUGCAGCCACUCACGAGCUUGUGUCUGACGAGACCUCCUGCCAGCUGCGCCCUGCCACUCUGCCUCAGCUGCCCUCCAGGCUCCUCCCGCCCUCGCAGACACCC